AUGAAUCCAAUCCGGAGAUAUUUCUGUGAUCUCACUCUGGAUCUAAACACAGCGAACACUAAACUCAAACUGUCUGACAACAACAAGAAGGUGACACAUGUGAGAGAGGAGCAGCCGUAUCCAGAUCAUCAGGACAGAUUUGACUGGGCUCAGAUUCUGUGUUCCACUGGUCUGACUGGUCGCUGUUACUGGGAGGUCCAGUGGAGUGGAGAUGUUUGUAUAUCAGUGUCUUACAGAAGAAUCAAAAGGAAAGGAGACAGCACUGACAGUUUGUUUGGAGGCAAUGAUCAGUCCUGGAGUCUGCAGUGUUCUGAACGUGGUUACUACGUUUUUCAUAAUAACAAACAAACCCAACUACGUCAGCGUUGGUUCUCCUCUUCUGGGAGAGUAGCAGUGUUUGUGGACUGUCCUGCUGGCUCUCUGUCCUUCUACACAGUCUCCUCUGACCAACUGACCCACCUCCACACCUUUAACACCAUAUUCACUCACACUCUGAUCCCUGGGUUUAGGCUCUGUUAUUAUGACUCCUCAGUGUCUCUGUGUGCUCCGACACACUCACUCUCCACUGUGUAA